AUGCUUAUUCAAAAGCAAAACCGUAAGCUCAUUUACGAGACUCUUUUCAAGGACGGUGCUUUGGUCGCUCCCAAGGAUUUCAACCUUGCCAAGCAUCCUGAAAUUGAUGUCCCUAACCUUGAAGUUAUCAAGUCCAUGCAAUCCUUGACCUCCAAGGGCCUUGUCAAGACCCAAUUCUCGUGGCAAUGGUACUACUAUACUCUCACCAAUGAGGGUAUCGACUAUCUCCGUGAAUACCUCCACCUUCCUCAAGAGAUUGUUCCUGCCACUCUCAAGAAGACUGCUCGCCCUGCUGCUCCUCGUCGUGCUUUUGGUGGUGAAGGUCGUGAAGGUGGUCGCCGUGACCGUGAUGACUACCGCCGCAAGGAAGGUGCCUCUGGUGAUUUCAAGCCCGAGUUCCGUGGUGGCUUUGGUCGUGGUCGUCGCGAGUAA